AUGGCGGCCAUAGCUCGAUUCCAACUCCUCCAGCCAUCUUCGGUUGUGAAACCAUCAGUGAUUUUAUCAAAGCUCUCUCACUCUACCCCUAUCAAAGCUCUCUCACUCUACGGCACUCGUAUUCGUAAACUCUCCGUCCGCCGUUUCUGCUGCGCUUCAGACCAAACCCCCGAGAUUUCUUCGAAUUCUGGUUCGUGUUCGUCUAUAGUUGCUGAUCUUCUGGAUUAUCUCAAUGAGUCCUGGACUCAAUUUCAUGCUACAGCUGAAGCAAAACGACAAUUAAUUGCUGCUGGAUUUCAUUUGCUAAAUGAGAGUGACGAAUGGGACCUGAAACCUGGUGGACGCUACUUCUUUACGCGGAACAUGUCCUGUUUGGUUGCUUUUGCCAUUGGGGAAAAGUAUUCAACUGGUAGCGGUUUUCAUGUAAUUGCUGCGCACACAGAUAGUCCGUGUCUGAAACUAAAGCCAAAGUCUGCCUCAUCAAAAUCUGCCUAUCUUAUGGUCAACGUGCAAACUUAUGGUGGUGGUUUAUGGCACACUUGGUUUGAUAGGGAUUUAAGUGUUGCUGGAAGGGUCAUAGUGAGAGGAGAUGAUGGUUCCUUAUUGCAUAAGCUUGUCAAAAUAAAGAGGCCUCUGUUACGAGUUCCUACACUGGCAAUUCAUCUUGACCGUUCUGUGCGGUUCAAGGAUGUGGUUGGAUUGAUAUAUCUGACUACUGGAGAGGCUAUGCACUCCUAG